AUGGAUCCUGUCCCGGUCCCGAAUACCAGCCUACUUCUCCCAGAGGCCUUGCCGGCCUUACUCUUACUUGAUAGUAGUUUUUGGGAUCAAUACCUACUCUCCAGUGGGUUCACAGUGAAUGAAGAUAUAUUAAAAGCUGAAGAAGAGGCUUGUGUGAGAAUCAUAUAUGUGAAUCAGUAUGACAAUGAAUCUCUAGGAGGAAUAUAUAUGGAAAAAGAGUAUUGCCUCACAAGGACACAUCGCGAGCUGAGGCCUCUGGCCCUUGCGGGUGCUGUUGGUCUGUGUAAGGAGUUCGCGGCGAAUCCUUACAUGAAUACAAAGGAUUUUGAGGGGUUGGGAUCUCACAUGGGGCUUUGCCAAAUUACUGAUAUUCUCAACAGGUCCUAUUGGGAACUAUUACUCCCAGAUGAUUCGUUGAAAAAGGACUUGAUCCAACCAUUCCCAUAA